GCCGGCCCCGCGCUCGCUCCUGGCCGGUGCCACAGCCCGAGCAGACCCAGGGGUUGACAGGCGCCGGGGUCGGUAAAAUGUCAGUUCCUGGACCUUACCAGGCGGCGGCGGGGCCAUCCAUGCCCACCGCACCCCCAUCCUAUGAAGAGACGGUGAACAGUUACUACCCAACAGCCCCAGCACCCGUGCCUGGGCCUGCCACGGGGCUGAUGGCAGGCCCCGACGGGAAAGGCAUGAACCCACCUUCAUAUUACACCCAGCCAGUGCCUGCGCCCAACCCCAGUGCAAUUGCGGUGCAGACGGUGUACGUGCAGCAGCCUGUCUCCUUCUACGACCGCCCCAUCCAGAUGUGCUGCCCCUCCUGCAACAAGAUGAUCGUCACCCAGCUGUCCUACAAUGCAGGCACCCUCACCUGGCUGUCCUGCGGGAGCCUGUUCCUGCUGGGGUGCGCGUUAGGCUGCUGCUUCAUCCCCUUCUGCGUGGACGCCCUGCAGGACGUGGACCAUCACUGCCCCAACUGCAAAGCCCUGCUGGGCUCCUACAAGCGCUUGUAGGCCCAGGCCGCACUCCUGGCCCCCAACCUGUCGGGGAGGCCCAUGUCUCCCCUCUCCAGGGGCUCCACGUCUAUGUGUUUGGGGGGCGGGGGGGAGGGGAAUCACAAAACCAACAACCUCCAAACUUCAGAAAUGGCUGCUGGAAGUCAUACCUGGGACUUGCAGAGACCUUGACCCUGAGGCCAGGUUCAAGUUCAGGAUGCCUUUGGAGAUUCCCUCCUGUCAUGGCUGCCUCACAUAUCAUCAUCUGCAUAUCAUCAUUUGGAUACCCUCCAUGACCUGCUGUAGGUGGGCUUCUCCUGCCUCAGUGGGCCUUUCUGGUGGUGGUCUUUGACACAGCGGCCAUUCAUUGCCUUAUGUCCUAGAUUGUUCUGUCCCCAAAUAUGGCCGCAUUACCACAGACCUUGCCUUACUGAGUUUUGGGGCAAGUAACUGCAGACUAAUGAUCUAACUCAUUUGAAUUUCUUAUUUUUUACAUGCAUGGUAAGGGCUACUAACACCAGGAAUGCUCCCAGGAGGCUAUAAAUG